GCCACUAGACCAACAAGGUUGGCUCAUCUCUCCAAAAUCCUGAAUUACGAAAGACUACUGUAACCACAGAGGAUUAUAUAAGGAAUACAGACCGAUCUAUAUAACGUGCUCUCAGUUUGACAAACUGCACUGAUCCGUGGAGAAGCUACAGACAAAGAUCUGCAGAAAUGUCAGCGUGUGAGUUUGAAUCUCUGGAGAAAUCUCUGGAGUCUCACCUGCCUGAAGCCGAGCUCAGAGAGGUCAAACGGAUCCUGUUCGGGAAGGAGACGGAGAAGUUGGAGCUCCCAACAUGUGCUGUGGAUGCCGCCUCAGAGCGUAACUUUGAGCUGAAGGGGUACAGGUUUGAAGCUGCACAGGAACAACUGAGACCGCCCAGGAGGAUCCGUGUGGGACUCAUCCAGCACCAGAUUGUUCUUCCAACUGAUGCCCCCAUACUGGAACAGAUCAGUGCCAUGCAUGACCGGAUUGGUGGAAUGGUUGAGGUAGCAGCAAUGUGUGGGGUGAACAUAGUCUGCUUUCAGGAGACCUGGACCAUGCCUUUUGCUUUCUGCACACGGGAGAAAGAUCCAUGGACAGAGUUUGCAGAGUCUGCUGAGGAAGGAAUCACGACACGCUUCUGCCAAGAGCUGGCCAAGAAAUACAACAUGGUAGUGAUUUCUCCAAUUCUGGAGCGAGAAGAGCAGCACAGCACUCUGUGGAACUCAGCAGUGGUGAUCUCCAACUCAGGGAAUGUGAUGGGAAAAAGCAGGAAGAACCAUAUUCCCAGGAUCGGGGACUUUAAUGAGUCUACAUACUACAUGGAGGGAAACACUGGUCACUCAGUGUUUCAGACGCAGUUUGGCAAGAUAGCUGUGAAUAUCUGCUACGGCCGCCAUCACCCUCUAAACUGGUUUAUGUACAGUAUGAAUGGAGCAGAGAUCAUCUUCAACCCUUCAGCCACUGUUGGAGCUCUCAGUGAGCCCAUGUGGUCGAUAGAAGCCAGGAAUGCAGCCAUAGCUAACCACUGUUACACUUGUGCAAUCAAUCGUGUUGGAACAGAACAUUUCAAAAGUGAAUUUACAUCUGGUGAUGGGAAAAAAGCUCAUCAUGACUUCGGACACUUCUAUGGAUCCAGCUAUGUGGCUGCUCCCGAUGGCAGCCGUACUCCUGGGCUCUCCAGGACCAGAGAUGGACUACUUGUGGUAGAAAUGGAUCUCAACCUGAACAGACAAAUCAGUGACAAAUGGAGUUUUAAGAUGACUGGGCGGUAUGCUGAGUACGCAGAGGAACUCACCAAGGCAAUGAGACCUGACUUUAACCCAAAGAUAGUGAAGGAGUAGACGAUGUUUCACUGUAGCUGAUCUAAAUGUGAAAAAUUCUGUUUUCUAUUUGUCA